AAAUGGAGUCGUUUUAUAUAAACUAGUGCUUACAAACAUCGUUUUCUUUCGUUAAACCAAUGGCAAUAUAUGUGUUUGCGUGGCAUAACAGUUUGUUACAAAAGGAUACGAUAUAAUGAUGAGUCACGAUCAGGAUGAUGGUGAAUUAUCACUAGAAACUGACAAAUUGUUACAGGAUAUUUCCGAAGAGAGUGAUGUUGUUGGUAGGCAUACCGAUAUUGAUAAGAGUGGGACACGUUCCUGGAUUUACGAUGACGUGUUGGACUACAUUGGACUAGGAAAGUACCAUUGGAUUCUCCUUUUGGUCAUGGGAUGGACUAAUUGCGGUGAUGCUGUUGAGGUACUAUGUGUCUCCUUUCUGCUUCCAUCUGCAGAGUGUGAACUACGUCUCACCUCCCAGGACAAGGGAUGGCUGAAUGCGUCAAUUUUUCUUGGCAUGAUGAUAGGUGGCUAUGUCUGGGCUGUGUUUGCAGACAUGAACGGCCGUCGUAAAACGUUGAUUUCAUCCCUGGUCUUCAACGCCGUGUUUGGUGCCCUCUCCAGCUUUGCCCGCUCCUUCGAGAUGCUGCUGGUGCUGCGCUUCCUGAGCGGAAUCGGAGUCGGGGGAAACAUCCCGAUAGCCUGGGCGUACUUUGUCGAGUUUCAGCCUCGGCAGAAACGCGGCCGCAUGCUCAGCUUGAUGGCAGGCUUUUGGAUGAUUGGCAACGUACUUGUGGCUCUGCUAGCCUGGGCCAUCAUCCCACACACGGACAUGGGCCACUUCAACGCGUACACGUAUUCCAGCUGGCGCGUCUUUAUUCUCGUCUGCACGGUGCCGCCCAUUACGUCGGCCGUCUUGCUGAUAUUUCUGCCGGAGAGCCCAAAGUGGCUGCUGGAGAACGGCAAGGAGGAGCAGUGCCUAGCCAUCCUCGCGAAGAUGUACGCAGUCAACCACGGUACGGAGCAAGGUUUCAACGUGGCGCACGUCCAGCGGUCGCAGGCCAUCAGCGACAUCAGCCACGACACGUCGAAGAUGCGCCACAUCCGCUCGAUGGGUCGGUCGGUGUUGAAGUGCAGAGAGCUGUUCACUCCUGCGCUGGCGCGACGUACAAUCAUAUACACGUGGGUGAACAUUGCACUCGCUUUUGGUUACUACGGUCUCUGGAUGUGGUUCCCGGAGCUGUUCAAGAGGCUAGAGGAGUCGGGGAGAGACGAUGUAUCUGUGUGCACGAGUACGCUGGCGGGACUGAACUCCAGCGGUGAGCCAGAUUUCGGAGACUGCUCGGAGGUGGGUGGCAGUGACGAGUUGUACAUCAACAGUCUGCUCGUGGCCGCGUCGAGCCUGCCGGGAAAUGUGAUCGCUUUCGCAUUCAUGGACACGCUGGGCCGGCGGUGGCUGCUUGCUGGAAGCAUGGUCACUUGCAGCCUGCUCGUCUUCUUCAUAUGGUUCAUCAAGAACAAGCUGCAGAACUUGAUACUAUCCUGUCUGUUUUCCGCCGUGUCCAUCAUGGCCUGGAAUUCGAUUGAUGUAUUGGGUACAGAGCUGUUCCCAACUGGAGUACGUGCGACUGCAUUUGGAUUUAGCCUGGCAUUUGCACGAGUUGGUGCAAUAAUGGGUAAUGUUGUUUUUGGGCAGCUAAUUGAUGUAAACUGCACCAUACCAAUAUUACUUGUUGUUGGCUUUCUAUCUGUUGGUGGGUUGUCUGGUUUACUCUUUCCUGAUACGAUAGGAAUAUUUUUAGAAUAGCGUUUAUUGAAUUUUAAUGUUUAUACUGCUUUACUAACAUGAUAAACAGCUUUUGGUGAUUUUGAUUUGUAAAAAUGUGUAUAAUACCUUCCUAUGCACACACAUUUACAGAUAUACAGAUAUGCAUAUGUGUAUAUAUAUAUUCAUAUGCACUCGCACACUUACACACACAUAUACCAUAUUAUGUAUAGGUAUACAUGUACACAUAUAUUUAUACAUGUACAGUAUAUAAAUAUCAGGGGCUGAAAAUAGGGCAAGUCUGAGGUCCGAGACCUGCCUAUUUCAUGCUCGGACCUUCGCAAUUUCCAAACAAAAAGUUUGCCGGACCUAUCAAUAAUUUACAGUACUCCACUUUCAUCAAAUAAAACAUCAUUAAACCAUUGCAAAUUGCGAAGAAACGGAGCGAAAGUAGAUCGAUUUUUGGUCAGUGUUGACAUCUAGUGUCAUAUUUAAUAUUUACGAUGAAAAAUACCAAGUAUGAGAGUCAAAUUUACCGAAAAUCUGAUAGAAAUUACACGUACUGAUAGUGUAUCACUAUGCUGCAACGUUAGCAUCAUGGUUGUUUAUAAUGGAAGUUAACGUGGAUGCGCGCGCAGUUUCAGCAUGCCGGAGGUAACUCGUCGCUCGUGCGAGUAACUCGGAAUACCUGCAGACGACCCAUGUAUUGCAUGAAACAAGGGCAAACAUGAGUUUUUCUAAGUUUGGUUUUGUAUAAAAAAAUGGACCCACUGUUACCAAACGAUCGAUUAGCCAAACAAACGUUACAAAUGACUUGCAAAAUAAAACCACAAAUUAUUACGUGAUGACGAAAUAUAAGAACCAUUUGGUGACAUAUUUGGACCUUCCAAAUCUGUCAUCGGACCUUUCAAAAAUAUUUCUGAAAAGUCCCGGAUAUUCGCGCAAAAACACUUAUUUUCAGCCCCUGAAUAUAAUGCAUAUAUAUGUAUGGUGUCGUUGUAAGGUCGUUUCUUGCACACGUUGCUAGUAACAUUGCUAACAUAAGUCAAAUUGUGUUUUACAUGUUAAAAUAGUAUAUUUUGCAAGGAUUUUUCUGUUUAUUAGUGCAUUAUAUUGCAAUAUCGGUAGCACAUACAUAAAAUCAAGAGCUAAUAAUACCUAAUGGUAUGGUAAGCUAAUGGUAUUAUUAGCUCUUGAUAAAAUAUACAGUUUAUGUGCUCUUGACAGUUCUGAUUUAAAUAAUCGAAUGUAGUAUAUGCACAGCGAUGAGACAAUUUUACGAGAUCGAAAGGAAGAAUUUUAAUUUUGAAAGUUUUGAAAGUUUUUGAAAAUUUCAAGUAUGAAGUUAAUGAUUAAUUAAUUGUGAUAAAAUACACUGUGAUAGCCUAAUGUUUUGGUAAUGUGUAACGUCCUUGUAAAGUCGUAUAUAUGCUUCUAAAUUGUCUGAAUCGUUAUUUUGAAGGUUGCUACAAAUAAAUGCAUGCAGAGAAUCUGCAAUGAAAAGACAAAUA